AUGUCUGAAUUUUGUAAAUGUUUUAUUUGCAAAGCUGAAAAUUCAGAAUUAGGAGGUAAAUUAGUUUCAAUAAACACCUUUAGAAGGCAUAGAAAAAAAGAAUUAAAUUGGAGUAUAAGUAUAAAUAGACAAAAAAUUAUUUCCUUAGAGGAUUUAGAAUACUUUGAUGAUAAUAAUAAUCUUUUGGAAGAAAGAAACGAUGAUCAAGAUAAUUUUAUGGAUGAAAUGGAUGGAACACAAAAAUAUUAUUACAAUAAUCAUGAUUUUAAUGAUUCAAGUAACGCAAGUGUUUAUUUAAAUGAUGCUAAGGAUGAUGAUAAUUCAAACAAUUUAAGUGAAGCAAGUGUUUAUAUAAAUGAUGCAAAGGAUUAUGAUAAUUCAAACGAUUCAAAUAAUACAAAUUAUGAUGAUAAUUCAAAUGUUUCAAGUGACGCAAGUGAUGCUGAGUUUGAUGAAUUACAAUAUCUUUAUAUGCAACAAGAAUUGGUUCAAGAAUAUGAUAAUUACGAUACACCUUUAGGUGAUUUAUAUGAAUCAGAUUUAUCUGAAAAUAUAAACAAUAGUGAAUCUGAGUUGAAUAUAACAGAUGACUUGGCAUGUGCAUUGCGGCUCUUUGAAAUUAAAAUUCAAUGCAAUUUAACAGACAAUGCAUUUAACCAAAUAACGAAGGCCACAAGUAGUAAUCCAAUUAGUCUUUACCAUAUAAAGACUGUGUUGAAAAAAUUAGUAAAUAUUGAACCAAAAUGGUUUGACAUGUGUAUUCAUUCAUGCUGUGCGUGUACUGGAUCAUUUAAGAACAAAAUUCAUUGUCCAUACUGUAAUAAACCUAGAUAUCGAAAAAAUAAUCAUAGGCAGCAGAAAAAAUCACGUUAUCAGUUUACAUGUUUUUCUCUAAAAGAGCAUUUAAAGAUACAGUAUGAGAAUCCAAAUCGUGCAAAUGAAUUACGAUAUCGACAUACAUAUACAUCACGUAGUGGAUUUGGCGAAGAUG